AGCUUUUAUCAGGAGGAGAGAGCAAGGAGUUACCCGCCCGCUGUGCUCCUUUGUUUCGCCCCGUUAAAUCCCGCAGCGCGUCAUUGAAAGCGGCGCCCGUCUGAUCUGAUGUUCGUAGCGCCGGAUGGCGCGGUUUCUAUGCUAAUGACCCACGCCAUGACGUCAUAGCCCUCGCCGAGCCAGCCCGAAGCCUGAUCGGCAAGAGGCGAAGUGAGUCAGGUUUCCGACGAUUGCCUUAUUUGGGAAACUCGGCAGGCAUGCGAAAACGUCAUCAUGUGAGAGCGGACAAAAUGGCGGUUCUGUAGCUAUCUUCCGCGUCUUUCCACGACAAUCAUGGAUCACAAAGGAAAUCUUUUGAAAGUUUGCAGGACGUGCGGUGUUCGUUUCAAAAUGAAGAAAGGAAACCCAAAACCUGUGACAGCCUUUAGAGAAGUCAUUUUGCAUCUGUUUAAUGGCUCUGAUGUUUGUCGUGAUCAAGAGGACAUUCAUCCACCAUUUGUGUGUGAGAAAUGCAGGGGUGUCUUAAGCAAGGCUCAAGGGAAGAUGAAGGCAGGACAAGCAGCAGUAACAAUGCUAAGUGACAAGCUGCCAGAUUUUCAGCCACACCUAGAAGACAAUUGUAUCAUAUGCAAUUACAAGCCAACUGGCAGGCCAGUAAAGAAGAAACCAUGGUCCUUGAAAGAAUCGUCCCCGGUUGAAGUUGCCACCCUAACAGCCCCAGCCUGUACAUCUGAAGAGGACGCGCCCCUCCCAACCCCAGCCUGUACAUCUGAAGAGGACGCGCCCCUCCCAACCCCAGCCUGUACAUCUGAAGAGGACGCGCCCCUCCCAAACCCAGCCUGCAUAUCUGAAGAGGACGCGCCCCUCCCAACCCCAGCCUGUACAUCUGAAAAGGACGCGCCCCUCCCAACCCCAGCCUGUACAUCUGAAGAGGACGCGCCCCUCCCAACCCCAGCCUGUACAUCUAGAGACGAGGCACCUCUUGAUGUCCUCACUGAUAAAGAGAUCACUGAGGAAGCAGUCAAACAUGGAUUCGUUUAUCUGGGUACAGUUAACAACGGUGACCUCGCUGUUGGCAAGUGUGAUGUCAACAGCCUUCACUUUGAUAUACAACAACAAAUAAACAUCAAACAGGACAGAACAUGGGAGAUGCUCGUAUAUAAAAAACGCAUUCCUCAAUCCCACCCAGCACUGUCAUCUCUUGAUCUUCCAUCUGUUGUCACCAUGCACACAAUGUCAAAGUUGUUCUUGGAACUGACACACUGUUACAUUUGUAUUGGAAAUGUUGGCUAUGAGGAGCUGUUGGAGGAGAAGAGAGAUGGGAUGGAAAUUGUCGUCUUUAAGGGUAACAAUGGUACCGUAGUUGCAAAGGAGGAGAAAGGUCUUAUCAAAGACGGGGGGAGACCAUACCACCAUACAAUCCGACAUGUCAACUGCCAACUUGUUAUUCCAUCAAAUAAAUUGACCAACAAAUGUGAAACAUGCACCAAGUAUAGCAGCUCAUUACGCGGGAUGCUACACAGGGUUAGACAUAAGGGCAACACGGAUCUGUCACACUCCUCAAGGGUUCCAAACAAGCACCUGACAAAAGAACAGCUGAGGGCCAAAACAGCAGAUGUGCAGCGGGAAAAGACACUACAAAAGACUAUAGCUUCAAAAGCAAAGGAAUGUGUUGAGAAGGCAGUAGAGAAGGAAGGGUGUCAUGUGAAGGAAAGCCAACAUGCUUUUUUACAAACAAUGUUAAAGACUGGGAAUGAUAAGAUGCAGUUUCAAGAUAACUCUCCACAGCAGUUUUUGUAUGAGCAGCAACUGAAGCAGGCACAGCAACAUGACGCAAGAACAAUGCGCUGGCAUCCCAUGAUGAUUCGGUGGUGCCUUUCAAUAUUCUACCAGUCACCUGCAGCCUACGACACAAUUCGCAACUCCGGAUUCCUUUAUCUACCUCACCGCACAACACUGCAACAAUAUUCCAAGUUCACAAAUCCAACUCCUGGCUUCAACCCGGACAUCCUGAAACGGCUAGGAGAAGAGUCAAAUGUUGUAAAUGAAGUAGAGUAUAAGAAGAAUGUUUGCCUGAUAUGGGACGAGAUGAAGAUAAAGUCAGGCCUUGUGUAUAGCAAAACAUCAGGAGAACUUGUUGGCUUCACAGACCUUGGUGGUGUAAACAACGAACUGAAAGCCUUUGAGAAAAGAUGUCAGGCUGAACAACAUGGAACUGAAGAAGAACCUGACCUGGCCACACACGUCCUUGCCUUCAUGGUGCGCGGCAUCUUCAUCAAUCUACAGUUUGUCUUUGCAUACUUUCCCUGCCUUGGUUUUUCCAGUGAUCAACUGUAUCCUGCUGUGUGGCAAGCGAAUGCAAUCUUGGACCAGAUGGGGUUCCAUGUGAGGGCAUUCGUGUCUGAUGGCGCAUCACCAAACCGGAGGUUUUACAAGGUCCAUGAGGAUGACCAACGUCUUGUGUACUGGACCUGGAAUCCCUACAGACCUGGCGAGAAGAUGUACUUCAUGUCUGAUGUGCCUCAUCUCAUGAAAACAACCCGCAACAACAUGGAGAAUUCGGGCUGGCACAGCAAAACAAGAAAUCUGCAUUACAACGGCCAGGAAAUCUCUUGGAAACACAUCGUCAGUGUCUACGAGUGGGAUUUAGGACUACAGCGACAAGCGGUUGGGCUGCGCAUGCUACACAAGCUGAAGGCAGAUCAUGUUUACCUGAACCCAGCCCUACGUAUGAGGGUCAACCUUGCCGUACAGGUCCUCAGCAACUCCAUGAGCUGUGCCCUUGCCAUGCAAGGCCGACACGACACAGUGUCAACAAGGAACUUCAUCAGCAUGAUGAAUCGUUUCUUCGACUGUUUAAACGUCCAAAACCAAUACCAGGGACAACGUGGGAACAUGCCAGAUCUGGAGCCCUAUAGAGAUGUCGACGACAUCAGAUUCACUUGGCUGGAGAAAGACUUCCUGGGCUUCUUGCAUCACUGGGAGCAGCAGGCUGCAGGAACACCAGGCCUGAGCAAGGACCAGAGAAACCGGAUGUGCCUGUCAAAACAAACACUUGAGGGGCUUAGAAUCACAGUUUCAUCUUUUGUAGAACUGACAAAGACGCUGAUCCAGGAGGAAGGUGUUGGCUAUGUCCUCAGUGAGAAGUUCACACAAGAUCCCCUGGAGCAGCACUUUGCAAAGCAGAGAAGAAGAUGUGGCGCAAACGAGAAUCCAACAGCCCUGGAGUUUGGUAGAAAUGAAAUCAACCUACACAUACUUAAGGACUCGAUAAGAUCUGUUGGGGGAAAUUGUAGGGGGAGGGCAGCUAAUGCACAAGCCAUCGACUUCACUGACAACACCCCAUUGCCUAAGAGACAGCGAAAGAAAUAGAAAGCCUUUCAGAAUGAAGCUUUAUUUGGCAUUAAACAGUUUAACAGUUGUUUCUAAUGUUGCCAAAUCUGUAGAUACUAAUAGUUCCUAAUGUUGUCCAAUUUGUACAUACUACUAGUAGUUUCUCUAAUGUUGCCCAAUAUUUACAUGUUAGCAGGUUCUAAUGUUGCCUAAUCUGUACAUUCUAGUCUUUCUUAUGAUAUAAAACCUGUACAUACAAACUAGUACACAAAGGUACUUUCUGUUCAUGUUGAUGUCAAAUGGUAGUAUCCCAGGUAAGGGAAUGCGAUUGAUUUG